AUGGAGCUGGCUUCCGAACCGAGCCUCAUCGUGGCCACCCCAGUGGGCCAAGCGGGCGUUGCCCCAGCCCCCACUGCAGUAGAUGUCCGCAGCAGCGUGCUGGAUGCGAUGAAGAGCAGGCACGUUGCGCUGGGCAGCUGCACCCGCCUCCCGCCCACACGCGCCGACGUGCGCGGGCAAGCCACGGCGGUCCCCACCGCCACCUCGCUGCCGCUGGCUGCCGCCAUUCCAGCCGCCUGGCUGGCGGCGCCCGCGGUGCCGUCGCCUGAGGCGGGUGUGGUGGUUACGAUCCAUGACAGGCGCGUGCGGCUGGCGCCCUCCGGCGCCUCGCUGUACAAGCAGUGCCGGCAAUGGGUGCAGAACGACUCAGACCUGGGCGGCUGCCCCGAGCCACUGCCCACAUCCAAGCUGCCACCGCUGCCGGCGGUCCCAGAAGAGGCAGCGGCCACGCUGCAACAGCUUGCACCGCAGGAGCCGCCACUGCCAGGCCGAGCGGAAGCAGGUGCAGAGGCUGGCAGCACCAGCGGCAGCAAAGCUCCAGCGGUGGAGGUGGCAGUGACGGGCGCGGGCGGCCGCACAGGAGCGCUGGUGAUGAAGAAGCUGCUGGAGCGUCCCGACCAGUUUGCGGCUCGCGGCGUGGUGCGCAACGGCAAGAGCGCGGAGCAGCUCAAGGGCUGGGGCGCCAGCGAGGAGCAGAUCGUGAUGGGCGACAUACUGAGGGAGGGCGGCGAGGCGGCGCUGCAGCGCGCGGUGGAGGGGGCGGAUGCGCUGGUCAUCGCCACCAGCGCCGUGCCCAAGAUCAAGCCGCUGUCGCUCAUCCCCGUGCUGCUGGCCAAGGUCACGGGCAAGCAGGGCGUGCGGCCGCAGUUCAGCUUCAAGGAGGACCAGAUGCCGGAGCAGAUUGACUGGCUGGGCCAGAAGGCGCAGAUCGAUGCCGCCAAGGCCGCAGGCGUGCGCAAGGUGGUCGUCAUCUCCAGCAUGGGCGGCACCCAGAAGGACAACUUCCUCAACACAAUCGGAGACGGCAACAUCCUGGUGUGGAAGCGCAAGGCGGAGAAGUAUCUCAUUGACUCCGGGCUGACCUACACCAUUGUGCACCCGGGCGGCCUCAUUGACGAGGAGGGCGGCAAGCGCGAGCUGGUGAUCGACGUGGACGACGGGCUGAUCAACGGCGGCAGCAAGUACCGCCGCAUCCCGCGUGCCGAUGUGGCCGAGUUUGUGGUGCAGUGCCUGGCGCUGCCAGAGGCAGACAACCGCUCGGUGGACCUGGUAGCGAAGGAGCCCGGCGAUGCGCCCCCAACCACCGACUUUGCCCAGCUGCUGAAAAGCAUGCCGAAGAACUGCGACUACAGCGAUGUGGCGGCAGACGCGGCCGUCCCUGCGCAGGCAUCCGCCUGA